AUGGCAGAUGCUCAGCUAUUUCUUAACGCUAUUCACAAAGCUGACAUUGUAGAUAUUUACAGAAUCUUACGUAGAACAGGAUUAAACCCUACAGAAGCAAUAGACCAAAAACACUAUACAGCUCUUCAUGUAUCAAGCCUAAACGGAAAUUACGCUGUUUUAGAAUUUUUGAUUUCUCAUGUAUAGAUAAUUCAGGUGAAACAAAUUUAUGGUGAAGAUGCUAAUAAUGUCUUAGCGGAAUGAGUAAAUAAAAAAACAAAUGAAGGGUUCACAGCGCUACAUUUUGGAGCUUUUAAAGGAAACCUUGUAAAAAUCAAUUAGAAAAUAAUUAAAAAGUUAUUGGAAAUUGGUGCAGAAACCAAUGCCAUAAAUAAACAAGGUUUAGGGGUAAUUCAUGUAGCUGCACAAGGAGAUCAGCCUUUAAUCAUUGCUUAUUUUAAAGAACUUGGAUUAGGGACAAGAGAUUUAGAUCACAAAGGAAGCACACCUCUGCAUUGGGCUUGCUAUAUGGGAUGUGAAAUGGUUUUUUUUUAUUUUUUUAAAAAAAUAAAUAUAUCAAAUUUAAUUAUUUAAAUUUUUUAUUGUGAAAUGUCAGCAGCUUUAUUAAUUGCAUUAGGCUCACCUACGAAUUUAGCAGACAAAGAUGGUCACACACCUCUUCACCUUGCAACAAUAGCAGGGAAUUCCAGAAUUAUCAGAAAUUUACUUAUCAAAGGUGCAGAUAGAAAUACCAAAGUAAUUAAUAAUCAGGAUAAUGAUGAUAAAACUGCUUUAAUGAUAGCUCAGCAAGGUAACAAAAAAAAUUUAAUUUCAGUCCUAAAGCCUCCUACAAUUUGGUCAGAUUUUGGAUUGAAGCCACCAUUACGCCCUCCAAGGCCUGCUUAUAUUCUAAACUAAAUUAAAUGUUUAAUAAUAGUUUUGUAUGGGAUAAAUAGAAUAAUUGAAAAUUUUCAAGAAAUUUAAAUAUUUCAUAUCCGAAUUAAUUUAAAAUAGUCUGUAUCAGUCGCAACUUUUUUAAUUUUUUACGGAGGUGGUACUUUGGCGACUUUAUUUUUCAAUAUUCAAUAUUCAGGAGAACUGGUUAGCUAUAUCUAUAGCGUCUUGAUAUGCAUUUCUUUACUGCUGUUUUUAUUUGUGAGUGCUAGAAAUCCUGGGUACAUAGAAAGUGAUGGAGCAAGCUUAUUUUCAUUGUAUGAAAAAUAUGAAUGCCAUUUGGUUUGCCCUGACUGUGUUAUUUAUAGACCGGCAAGAUCAAGACAUUGCCAAUGCUGCGACAAAUGUGUGGAAAAAUUCGAUCAUCAUUGCCCAUGGGUAAAUAAUUGUGUUGCAGCCAGAAAUUUAGGUUUUUUCUUUGGAUUUAUUAACACUAUGUGAAUUACGCUAGCCUUUACUGUAAUUGUUUGUGAAGAAGUUAUAAGACACACUGAGCAUAAAGAAGGCCUUCUAAAUAUUUCUUUAAAAUCCAGCCAAUCAUUAGCAGGAGUUGUUGGGACAGGCUCAUUUUUCUUUUUAAUACCAUUAACAAUGCUGGUAUUUGUGCAUUAUCAAAAUUUCUUUAAAAACGUCACCACAAAUGAACGUUUUGCAAAAAAUAUAAAAGUCGAAGAAAAUGAAGAAAGCCAAACUGGAUCUUUUAUGAAAAAUGACCAAAGUGCGUUCCGAAAUUGCUUACUCCCCCCUCCGUGACGAACAAAAAAAUUUUGUUCGCUCACUGAGGGGAUCAAUUUUGUUUUUUAAAAAUUUAUAUAUAAAUCUUAUAAAUUUUUUUUCAAAAUAAAAAAUUCUAAUUUGUAAAAACUUUAAAGUUAAUUUCAUAUGCGAAAUUUAUGUUUUGAAAUGCAAGCUAUUUAAAAUUAAACUAAAUUCGCUAGAGAUUUCAUAUAAUAUUAUCACUUAUAUAUCAAAUUUAGUUUCCAUAAAAACUUUUUGUUCGCUCACAGAGGGCGGGUUUUUAGGCGAAAAAUAGGGAUUUUUUCAAUGGUUUGUUCACAUACAGAGGGGGAGUUAGAAAUGUGCUGCAACACAAAAAAGCAUAGAAGAAUUUCAUGUGAAAUACGACCGCUUGAAGAAGAUUCUGUGAUGUACCAAGAUGUAAUUAAAAAUUAUGAAGGGUCAGCUCACCAAUCUGUGCUAUCCAACAGACAAUCUUUAUUAGACUCUCACCAUAGUAAUAUUUUAAUAUAA